GCCGGUCGGCGGAGUUGCCGCCGCGCCCCCUCUGCGCUGGAGCCCCGGAGCGGUGCGGAUGUGAAGCUAGGAAUGUGAAGGAAAGCAGAAUGGAUCCAGUUAUGGGUGUGAAUUCUAUCACCAUCGCAGUGGAAGGUAUGACAUGCAAUUCCUGUGUCCAGACCAUUGAGCAGCAGAUUGGAAAACAGAAUGGUGUACACCAUAUUCAAGUUUCACUGGAAAAAAAAACUGCAACCAUUAUCUAUGACUCCAAACUCCAGAAUCCAGGCUCACUUCGGGAAGCUAUUGAUGAUAUGGGAUUUGAGGCAUCUCUCCCUGAUCUGACACCUCAGCCUGUCUUUACAGACACUUUAUCCCUGACUGUUACUUCUUCACUGGCCCCAUCAUGGGAGCAAGUCCAGAGCACGUUGCUCAAGGCCAAGGGUGUAACAGAUGUUCACAUUUCUCCUCAGCAAAGCACAGCAACGGUGACAAUGAUCCCUUCUGUUGUGAAUGCCAAUCAGAUAAUCCAGCUGGUUCCGGGUGUCAGCUUAGAUACUGGAGCACCAGAAAGGAAGCCAGCUUCUGCUGAAGAUACCAGUGUGGUUCAAGCAAACGGAGUCAUGUUGAAGAUGAAAGUGGAAGGCAUGACAUGCCAUUCGUGCACAAGCACCAUUGAGGGAAAAAUUAGUAAAUUGCAAGGUGUUCAACGAAUUAAGGUCUCCUUGGAUAAUCAAGAAGCAUCUGUUGUCUAUCAGCCUCAUCUUAUUUCAGCCGAGGAAAUAAGAAGGCAGAUUGAGGCAGUGGGUUUCCCAGCAUUCAUCAGAAAGCAGCCCAAGUACCUCAAACUGGGGACCAUCGAUGUGGAGCGCCUGAAGAACACACCAGUCAAAUCCAAUGAGGGGUCACAGCAAAAGUGUUCCGUAUCUCCUAAGGGCUCAACUGUCACUUUCAUCAUAGAUGGCAUGCAUUGUCAAUCCUGCAUAUCCAAUAUUGAGAGCCAUUUAGCUACGCUCCCAGGUGUAAACAGCGUGGCAGUUUCUUUAGAGAGCAAAUCUGCUGUGGUAAAGUACAAUGUCAAAUUAAUCACUCCAGAUGCCCUGAGAAAAGCUAUAGAAGCCAUCUCACCAGGGCGGUAUAAAGUAAGUCUUGCCAGCGAGUGUAAUAGCCCCCAGAACUCUCCAACAGUUGCUUUUCUCCAGAAGCCACAUGGCAGUGCCACUGCCCAGCCUUUGACUCAAGAAACUGUUAUAAACAUUGAGGGUAUGACUUGUAAUUCUUGUGUGCAAUCAAUAGAAGGUGUCAUAUCGAAAAAAACAGGUGUCAAAUGUAUACGUGUCUCACUUGCCAAUGGCACUGGGAUUAUCGAAUACGACCCUUUACUGACCUCUCCAGAAGUCCUGAGGGAAGCGAUAGAGGACAUGGGAUUUGAUGCCACCUUAACAGAUUCAGAUAAUGAAACAUGCAGCAAACCAAUGAUAGCAACUCAUAAUAAAGAAGAGCCAAAACCUCUGGUCCAUGAUAAGGAGGAGGCAAAGAUUCCAGCCAAAUGCUACAUUCAGGUCACUGGCAUGACUUGUGCUUCGUGCGUAGCAAACAUUGAAAGAAAUCUACGCCGAGAAGAAGGGAUAUAUUCUGUGCUCGUGGCCCUGAUGGCGGGCAAGGCAGAAGUAAGAUACAACGCCGCCAUUGUGCAGCCCCCAAUGAUAGCAGAAUUCAUCAGGGAACUUGGAUUUGGAGCUGUGGUCAUGGAAAAUGCUGACGAAGGGGAUGGGGUUCUGGAACUUAUUGUAAAAGGAAUGACAUGUGCCUCCUGUGUGCAUAAAAUAGAAUCUACCCUUAUGAAAACCAGAGGGAUCUUCUACUGCUCAGUAGCGCUGGCCACCAACAAAGCGCACAUCAAAUAUGAUCCAGAGAUUAUCGGUCCUAGAGAUAUUAUCAAUACCAUACAAAACUUAGGUUUUGAGGCGUCUUUAGUCAAGAAGGAUCGAUCAGCAAGCCACCUUGACCAUAAACGAGAAAUCCAGCAGUGGAAACGAGCUUUCCUUGUGAGUUUGUUUUUCUGUAUUCCUGUGAUGGGGCUGAUGAUUUAUAUGAUGGUUAUGGACCACCACCUUGCUAGUAUUCACCAGAAUCGCAACAUGAGUGAGGAAGAAAUGGCAAGCUAUCACUCAUCAAUGUUUCUGGAGCAUCAGAUCCUGCCGGGGCUGUCUGUCAUGAAUUUGCUGUCCUUUUUAUUGUGUAUACCUGUUCAGUUUUUUGGAGGCUGGCACUUCUACAUCCAGGCGUACAAAGCCCUGAAACAUAAGACAGCUAAUAUGGACGUGCUCAUUGUGCUGGCAACCACCAUUGCAUUUGCCUACUCUUUGGUGAUCCUCCUGGUUGCGAUGGCUGAGAGAGCAAAAGUGAAUCCCAUUACUUUCUUUGACACCCCACCUAUGCUGUUUGUGUUCAUUGCGCUGGGGCGCUGGCUGGAGCACAUAGCAAAGGGGAAAACAUCAGAGGCUCUUGCAAAGCUAAUUUCACUACAGGCUACAGAGGCAACUAUUGUAACUCUAGAUGCAGACAACAUCCUCUUGAGUGAAGAACAAGUGGAUGUGGAGCUUGUGCAGCGAGGUGACAUCGUUCGAGUAGUUCCAGGGGGCAAAUUCCCAGUGGACGGUCGGGUCAUUGAAGGUCAUUCGAUGGUAGAUGAAUCUCUCAUCACAGGGGAAGCCAUGCCUGUCACCAAGAAACCAGGCAGCUCAGUGAUUGCUGGCUCCAUUAACCAGAAUGGGUCACUACUCAUCAGAGCAACCCAUGUUGGAGCAGAUACAACCCUCUCUCAAAUUGUCAAGCUUGUGGAGGAAGCGCAGACAUCCAAGGCUCCCAUCCAGCAGUUUGCAGACAAACUUAGUGGCUAUUUUGUUCCUUUCAUUGUUAUUGUCUCUGUUGUUACCCUCUUGGUCUGGAUCGUGAUUGGAUUUAUUAAUUUUGAAGUCGUGGAAACCUAUUUUCCUGGCUACAACAAGAGCAUCUCCCGGACUGAAGUGAUAAUCCGAUUUGCUUUCCAAGCCUCUAUCACUGUGCUGUGUAUAGCCUGCCCCUGUUCUUUGGGCUUAGCCACUCCCACUGCUGUUAUGGUGGGCACUGGGGUAGGAGCUCAGAAUGGCAUCUUGAUCAAAGGUGGAGAGCCCCUUGAAAUGGCCCACAAGGUAAAGGUAGUGGUCUUUGAUAAGACUGGAACCAUAACCCAUGGAACCCCAGUAGUGAACCAGCUGAAGGUUUUAGUGGAAAGUAGCAAAAUACCACGUGAUAAGAUCCUGGCUAUUGUGGGAACUGCUGAAAGUAACAGUGAGCACCCACUGGGAGCAGCUGUGACCAAAUACUGCAAACAGGAGCUGAACACUGAAACCUUGGGUACCUGCACAGAUUUCCAAGUUGUCCCAGGCUGUGGCAUUAGCUGUAAAGUAACCAACGUUGAAGCCCUGCUUCAUAAAAGUGACUGGCAAGUCGAGGAAAAUAAUCUUAAAAAUGCAUCCUUGAUGGAACUUGAUGCAAAUGAUGGACAACCAGGUCAUUCUUCCUUGAUUAUUGACGCCCAGAUGCCCACUGCUUCAAAUCCUCAAAAGUACACAGUUCUCAUUGGGAACCGUGAAUGGAUGAACAGAAAUGGUCUUGUCAUUAAGAACGACGUGGAUAGUGCGAUGAUUGAGCAUGAGAGGAAAGGUCGGACAGCUGUGCUGGUGGCCAUUGAUGGUGUGUUGUGUGGGCUGAUAGCCAUCGCUGACACAGUGAAGCCUGAAGCAGAGCUGGCUGUCCACACACUGAAAUCUAUGGGCUUAGAAGUCGUUUUGAUGACUGGAGACAACAGUAAAACUGCCAGGUCUAUUGCCUCCCAGGUGGGCAUUAAAAAAGUUUUUGCUGAAGUCCUUCCUUCUCACAAAGUUGCUAAGGUGAAGCAGCUGCAAGAGGAGGGGAAGCCUGUAGCCAUGGUGGGCGAUGGGAUCAAUGACUCCCCAGCCCUGGCAAUGGCUAAUGUUGGAAUUGCUAUUGGCACUGGCACAGAUGUAGCCAUUGAAGCUGCAGAUGUGGUUUUAAUAAGGAAUGAUCUUCUGGAUGUGGUAGCAAGUAUCGACUUAUCAAGGAAGACCGUCAAAAGAAUUCGAAUAAAUUUUGUCUUUGCUCUGAUUUAUAAUCUGCUUGGAAUCCCUAUAGCUGCUGGUGUCUUUAUGCCCAUUGGUUUGGUUUUGCAGCCCUGGAUGGGAUCAGCUGCCAUGGCUGCCUCAUCAGUUUCAGUGGUGCUUUCUUCAUUGUUGCUUAAACUUUAUAAGAAACCUAUUUAUGAGAAGCGUGACCUGCGGCCUCACUACCAGGUAGGCCGGAAGAGUCCUUCAGAAGUUAGCGUUCACAUCGGCCUUGAUGAUACCUCCAGAGACUCUCCCAAACUAGGUUUGCUGGACCAGAUAGUCAAUUACAGCAGAGCAUCCAUUAACUCCCUGCUCUCAGAUAAGCGUUCCCUGAACAGCAUUGUUCUGAGCGAGCCAGACAAGCACUCACUCCUGGUUGGAGAUUUCCGGGAUGACGAUGACACCUCUUUGUGAAAAAGCCCAGCUACUGCCGCUGGCCAGACCUCACCGUGCACUGAUGGAGCUGAGGUUUAGGAAGUAAUCUUAGUGUUGUCAAAAAUCAUGUUGCGAGGAUUUGGGGUUGGUGUUGUGUUCUGAGACAUUUGUGGGGGGGAGGGGAAUUGGUGUUUGCCUUGUGAGAAAAAUAUCUUUUUCAACAUAUCAACUUUGAAGCUAUUUGUGUCUGGUUUCAAUGAUCUUCAGUAUUUUUUUUUUAAACCUGAGAAGGUAGAGCAGCAAUAGAGACUUGCAUAAGCCUCUAAAUUAUUUUUGUUAACUGACUGGUCAGAUGGUUUGGGGAUUUGAUGAGCCCCCCCCUUCCCAAAAAACCCCAACAAAUAGCUUAGGAAGAAUACAUCUUUCAGGAGAUGGGCACUGAAGGGGUGAUGGCCGAGAGCUGCUUUCUUGGUUGCAUAACCUGCCUCCCUGCCAUGGCGUGAACUGUGACUCUGCACAGGGCCUGGGCAAUUGGGCAGGAGAGAGAAAGGGAAGCAGUUGAAGCCCGUCAUAUGAUACUAGCUGUGCCUUAUUUGCAUAUUUUCCUCCAGGAAUCUUUACCUUCUGAGCUGUUAGUACCCAGCUUUUGGGGAGGCAGAACAUUUCUCAUUCUCCAGUGAGCUGCACUGGCUUGGCUGGGUCAGGUCGAGUGGGGAAGGGUUAACAGAACUGACAGCCUUUUUUUUUUUUUUUUUUUUUUUUUUUAUACUAGUUCCCUCUUGUUCUUGCUUCCUAGCCCUCUGGGGCAAAGGAACUGAAAGGCCAUUGAAAGUUUCUUUGUCUCACCACACUCCCAAAUUUCUGUUUUUCCAAAGAUAUCAGUCAGUUCUGACUUCACUUUUAACCCUGCCCUGUACACAUGUGAUUCACGGAGUGAACCUCAGAGAUCAGCUCCAAGAAGCCACUCGCAGUAAAAUCGCUAUUACCAGCAUCUGUUUUAGCAUUAUCUUCACUGAAUUUUCCCACAGAUUAACACUACCAUAUAUAUAUAUAUAUAUAUAUAUAUACCAAAUAUAUUUUAGUGGUUUAGGUAACCUUUCCAAGUUAUUUUAAAUGAAUGUCAAUAAUGUAAAAUUGCUUUUAUUUUAAAAAAUCUUUUUUCUAUGAAUUAAAAUGUAGAAGUUAGUCUUUACCUAGAGUUAUACUUAUUAACAAACUACAUGCUGUUUCCCUCUAGUUUGAGAUGCUUAUACUUAAUAGUUUAAUGUAGUUGGUACAUUUAAACGCUUGUUCCCUCUGCCAUAUGGGCUUAGAAUUUCCCCCAUUCCAUGACUGGGGAUAAGGAAGUGGGUCGGAGGUUUCCAGUGGUAUAACUACAUAUGUGUCUUUGUUAUUUGCAGGGUGUUGUUUUUGUAGAGACUACACAUGAGAAGAAUUCAUAAACAAGUGCUCAGUUUUUUGAUCCAAUUAUUUAAAUGUCUCAGCUUGAGGAAGAUUAUAUAGCUAAGGCAACCUUGUGGAAUUGGAUCUAAAAGCAGCCUGAAGGGGAAACAUCAUUCAUUCAUUAUCACUCCUUCUCUCCUUCCCUACACAAAAUAAGACCUUUCGUAUGUCCUUUAAUGGUAUCUUUCUGGAUUUAGAGGAACUCUAAUUUGUAUCUUAUGAUCAAGAGACAGACAGAGCUGAAACUUUCAAUGAAGGUGCUGUUGGCCUAGAGGGGCAAACUCAUUUUAGGGAAAGAUGAAUGAGCUUGUGUGUCUCGACUCUUAUUCUAGCCUCCUCUUGAUACCAUCUUCCAUAUAUCCAGGUUUAGUUGUAAGGUUUCUUGACCUAGUUUCAGUAGCUUUUUGUGCCAUUUCCAGAGAUUGCUUCUAGGGAGAAGCAGCAAAGGUGGCAAAUACAAAAUAUUUUUUCUUGUACACUCCAAAAUCAAUUUUUUUCAAAGGAAGCAAUCUCUUUCCUGAAGAGAUUUGGUCAUAGCCAGUUAGUAUUUCCAGUGCUAUCUUUGUCUGUGAAAUUGUCUUUUGGAGCCAAUGGCCACACUCUGGGUUGGCGGCCAUGUUUGUUGCCCUGGGAAAGAGUGACUGUCAUAAUUUCAGAAUCAUAGCUUUGCUGUGGGAACAGAAAACUUUUUGUUCAGGAAUGAGUUUUGCUUUACAUCUACAGCCACAUUUUGGUUCUCUCCCGUAUGUCUCUUCUGCAAGUCAAGGAUCCGUUGGCUUCAGAUUGGGUUGUGGAGGGGAACAAAAAUAUUGCUUACAGCUUGUGACAAGAGUUAUAAGAACAAAUAUAUUUUUUAUAUUCAAAAUUCAAAUGGAUUUAUAUUUGUUUCUGAUAUUUGAAGUUCAUUGUUUGUUCUGUUUCUUGCAUUUAUUCAUCAGACCAUGCAUUUAGAGUCUGAGGAUAACAAGUGCCCUUUGGUACCCAGUACUCAUUUAGACUGAAAUAUGGAGUGCUUCUAGUCUUAAAUGUCUGGAGAUGCCUUUUGAAUGUAGAAGCCUACAAUCUAGCUAAUGCAUUUAGUGUUGUAGAACAGACCAAGGGAGCGUGGCUGUCUAAUUGUGAAAAGAAGACUGUCUUCCUCACCUCCCAAACUAUGUGUGUGUUGUGAUUUAGUGUCGACCUCUUAGAAAGUUAAACAUGCUGCUUUGUGAACAAAUGAUUUUAUUUUACACAGGUCUCCAGUUCGCGUGUACAGAAUGGCUGAAGUAGCACUAGAUGAAAUGUUUCAAGUAGGAUACAUGUGCAAACUUUUUUCUGUACACAUUUUGUGAUGAAACAGCUUGCAAUCAAAGGGUUUUAAAUUGUCAUGGGAAAUCAUUUUAAUUACUUGGAGUUUAAUAGCUUGUAUUAGAUUGAUUAUUUUUCUUAAUAUUUAUUUUACUGUGUUUUGUCAUUGUAGGUGACAAAUGUUCAUGAUUUGUUUACUCUCUGAUCGUACAUUGAACAAUGUUGUGCAAUGCCAGUCUCUCAUACUGUUCUGUAGCUCAUUUGCUCUCUUUAGUCUAUUUUUUUCCAUAUGCAUGUAAUUGAACACAUUUCUGCCAAGGAUGUGCCUUCAACUUUGUAAUUACAGUGUUGUCAAGAUAUAUCA